CACUGUUAUUCUUACCUUUUUUUAUUGACCUAAGAGACACCCGCAAGAAAAUCUGAGUUAAAAUGAAUUACCCCAGCUGUCAAUCAUUUCAUCUAUAAAAACGCGAAACCAAACCGAUACAAAUUUAAUUUCCAACAUGACAAUGAAGCUUGUACUAUUGAUAUUGUGUGUGGCUACAGCCUGUGCUCGUUCGAGUUCCAAUCGCACGGCACUCCAUCCUGAUGGUACCCAAGAAAGGAUUGUGAACGGAUAUGCGGCCAGCGAGGGAAAGGCUCCUUACGCCGUGGGUCUCCGCUUGAACAAUGGAGCCGUGGGCGCAGGGUCCGUUAUUGGCAACACCUGGGUUCUGACCGCCGCCCACUGCUUGACCACCGACUCCCUGACCAUCCACUACGGCUCAAAUCGGCCGUGGAACGGUCAGGUUCAGCACACAGUUAAUAAGGAUAACUUUUUCCGGCACCCCGGAUUUGGAAACAGCGCUGGUCAUGACAUCGGGCUGAUUCGCACCCCCCACGUGGACUUCUCCAACCUGAUCAACAAGAUCGCGCUGCCCAACUUCAGCCAGCAGGGCGAGCGCUUCGAGAACUGGUGGUGCGUGGCCUGUGGCUGGGGAGGAAUGGCCAAUGGCGAACUGGCCGACUGGCUGCAGUGCAUGGACAUACAGGUCAUUAGCAACGGAGAAUGCGGCAAGUCCUAUAGAUCGGUGGCCUCCACGAAUAUGUGCACCCGGGCCAUCGAUGGAAAAUCCACGUGUGGUGGCGACUCCGGCGGAGCACUGGUCACACACGAUAACCCCAUUCAGGUGGGAGUGAUUGCCUUUGGUUCCGUCGGUUGCAAGAGCUUGCCCUCUGGCUACACCCGCGUCUCCGAUCACUUGGAGUGGAUCAAGGAAACGUCAGGAAUCGCCUACUAAUAACUUACAGGAACUACCAAAGCCAAAUUCUUAUUAAAUUGUAACAACUAUAUAUUUUGAUUAAUCAUUCAAUUAUAAUUAUUCUUGUGUAAAUAUAUAUAUGUUAU